UGCAAAUGGGAGGGAUGCAACACCACCAUCAACCGCAAGGAGAAUGCCCGUUCUCACGUACAGAACCAUCUCGAUGACCGCCGAUUCCGCUGCAACCCAUGCGGCAAGAGAUUCAACCGCCUCCACGAUACGAAACGCCACCACCUCACUCACACAAACGAGCGACCUGCAGUAUGCCCUUGUGGCAAGACUUUCGCACGAGCCGAUGCGCUCACCCGCCAU